AUGUUGCGCCAACUGAAACAGAGGGUCGUUGGCCGUAACAAGAAUCCGGACGCCCCCGACAAUGGGCAGACACGCAACGAAGACACAGUAAACAAAGCUGAGCAAGGCAAAUCUCAUGCAGAAUCUGCACCAACUCCUGUGGGAUUCUGGGACCCGUCCUUGAAGCACGUUCGUAAUCGAGCGUUUGGAAAAUGGAUGCUCACCACCGCCUUUUUGAUGGCCUUCAUAUUGGCCGUGCUAUCCAUCUACUGGGGCGUCUUCUUUGAUGUCGAACAGCGAAUACACCAUCUCCGCAUCUAUGUUGUGGACUUCGAUGGUCAAGCGCCGUACAACACCAAUCCAUCGCUCGUUGGGCCUACGAUAACACGCAUGACCCAACAGAUGCUCGACUCUAGCGAACCCACACUAGGCUUCGACAUCCGAUCGCCUUCAGACUUCGACAACGACCCACUCCAAGUGAGGCAAGCGAUUUAUAAUUUCGACGCGUGGGCUGCAAUCAUCAUCAAUCCAAAUGCUACUGCGCUUCUGUACUCUGCUAUCGCAACGGGGAACACCUCAUACGAUCCGCUAGGCGCAUGCCAGCUGGUAUACCAGGACUCGCGGGAUGACACAAACUGGUACGACUUCAUACUGCCGAUUAUCAGCACCUACAUGACGCAAGCACAAAGCAUGGUCGGCAAGCAAUGGGCGCAGAUGGCUUUACAAAAUGCCUCCGAUCCCGCAACAUUGCGCAAUAUACAAGCCGUUCCGCAGGCCAUCAACCCCGCCAUCGGGUUCUCAGAAUUUAAUCUUAGGCCUUUCUACCCAUACACUGGGAUCCCGGCAGUGUCUAUUGGACUCAUCUACCUGAUCAUCAUUUCCUUCUUCAGCUUCUCUUUCUACCUGCCGAUACACAUGCAAUACAUCAAUCCGAAGGGGCAUCCACCGCUGAAGUUCUACCAGCUGAUCAUUUGGCGCUGGUGCGCGACAAUGAGUGCUUACGUCUUUCUGUCGCUUGCGUACUCGUUCGUGUCCCUGGCGUUCCAAAUCAACUUCACGCACGCCAAUCCGGUACAAUCCCAGACUCAGGUCACUGAGGUCGCAUACGGGAAUUCUCCGGCUUAUAGCAAUGGAACAUUCCCCGUAUACUGGAUGCUCAACUUCUUCGGAAUGAUAGCGCUGGGCCUUGCCUGUGAGAACGUGGCCAUGGUUGUCGGCGCGCCGUGGAUGGGCCUGUGGCUUAUUUUCUGGGUUAUCACGAAUGUGUCGACAGCUUUCUAUGACAUCGAAAUCGCUCCUGGGUUUUAUCGAUGGGGCUAUGCGUGGCCUUUGCACUCUGUUGUGGAGGGUAGUCGGCAGAUAUUGUUCGACCUGCAUCCACGCCUUGGGUUGGACUUUGGCAUAUUGAUCGCGUGGGGCGCGGUCAAUACUGCGUUCUUUCCUAUUUGCUGUUGGUUCCAGAGAUGGAAAAACAAGAGGCAGAUUCACGAGUACUGGCCUAUGGAAUGA